AAUGCCACUGGGGAGUACAGUAGAUGUGUUUGCCACUGAGGACCCGAACAUCACAGAAGCAGCCGAGCAGGAGCUACAGAUCUAUGAGAAAAAAGAUAAUAUCCUGCAUGGCCACAGGAAGAAAAGGGAGAAGGUUGUUACCAUGGAGUUCAUCAGGAAGUACAUCCACGUCGCUAAGCUGGUGAAGCCAGUCCUGACACAGGAGGCAUCGGACUACAUAGCAGAGGAGUAUUCCAGACUCCGGAGCCAUGACCAAGUCAACAGUGACUCCGCCAGGACGAUGCCUGUGACCGCUCGAGCUCUGGAGACCAUGAUUAGAUUGUCUAGUGAGGACUCUGAGAUGGACGUCUCUCAGAGCCAAGAUACAGAGAGUCAAAGGAACCUAAGUUGUCUGAGCUCAGCCAAGUCAGAAGAGCAGGCCAGUAUCUCAGAGAAGCAGUCAAAGGAAGAAGGCUGA